GCUGCGUCACAUGGCUGUUGAAGACCCGGGGACUUAAGUAGCUUAAGAUGUUUGACGGGUUAAAAUCAAGAAUAACUUGAUAGUAACUACGUUUCCCCAAGAAUUAUUAUAUUUUAUAUAUGUUAUAGGAAAUACAUUACAAUUUAGCACCAAUGGACUGAAGUAGUAACGAUGUAUUGAUCACAUUUUAACGUCCGAAGUGUUCCUCUCCCACCGUCGCCAUGGCAUCUCCCAGCGACAUACGAGAAAAACUGCGAAAGAAGCGGCGAGCCUUUCAAGAAACUUUAGUUCCAACCAAACAUGACGACGAGCAGGCUCUCGUCGCGUCCGCCGCUGUGAGCGAGGAGGCGCCACCGACAACUAUGGAGCAGGAACCUCAAAGCAGCCACGAAGACCCUGCAGAGACCCUCAGGCGCUCCUUGAAGACCCAGAGACAGAUGAGGAAGAAAAAGCUUCUAGAAGAGUCUCCAGCACUGAGGUCCCCUGCUGAAGAUGUGGAGGACAUCUCCAAAGUGGCUGAAGAUGAAGGAUCAGCCAAGAAGACUGCAGCUGGAUCCCUGACGGGUCUCACCUCCACAGGUCCAAAGAGCCGCGGCCCGCAUCAGUUCGAGCGCUUCGUGACGCGACGCUUGGAGGAGAAGCUGAGAAAGGCCCGGUCUCAGGGUCAGAGUCUCCAGCUGCAGGAGUUGGGCGAGGUGGCCGUCAGUCGCCUGCAGAGUCUCCGAGACAGGCAGACCCUCACCAGGUUCCACAGCGAGGAGCACCAUGGAACCUUCCCAGUCCCUCAGGACAUCAGCACCAGGGUCACCUUCCAGGAAGCUGCCAGACUUGGGGAGAGGGAGCGCCCGACCACCGUGGAGGCCUACAACUUCUUCACGUCCAACUUUGAGCCCGAGCCAGAGGAACGCUCUGAGAGCACCUGCAAGACCAGCGUGCAGAAGAAGAGCGCGGAGAGCUGUGACGACAGCAGGGAGGAGGCGGAGGAAGGCGGUCAAGAGGAACACGAAGCGCAUAACGAAGAAGCUCCUCUCAUGCAAGAUGAAGAUGGUAACGUCUUCGUCAUACAGCAAACGUCCAAAGACUUCCUGGAGACAACCAAGGCCGAGUACAUCGGGCUCAGAGCACUCGCUCUGCGACGCGGUGGUCUUCUCUACACCCCUAGUUCUCAAAGAGUGCCCACCUCAGUCAAGCUGCCUGAGAACGUGACGCCUCGCUACCUGGAGGAGGAAGGCUUCUAUGUGGGCCAGCGCCCCCCUGUGACAAGCACCAAUGAGAACAUUCUGGAGAACCGCAUGUUGAGGAUGGAGGAGGGAUUGAAGUGGUUUGGAGACGAUGGCAGGAUCAUUGCUCUGCCGGAUCCCAUCAAGGAAUCUUCCAGCAGACCUCCACUCUUCCACGUGGAGGAGGACCUGGACCCUGCACUGCAGACUGUCUUCAAGAAGCCGAUAAAGUGCGGCCACAUGCACCAGGCCUACAUAACCGGAGCAGCAGACUGCGAGGGAGACUACCAGCUGGAUGUUGACGUGUCUGGACUCAUCUUCUCCCAUCACCCGCUCUUCAGUCGCGAGCACGUCCAGGGGGCACGCCUGGCCCAGCUGUACGACCAGUACCUGGACAGGCAGCGCAACAAGCUGGCAGAGCACCUCACGGACAAGCUGAACGGGCUGAGGAACACCAUGAGAAACAUGUUGGAGAUCCACAGUGAGCAGAGCCUCUCUCAGGCCAUGCAGCAGAGGAUCGUGGAGUACGGCGUGGAGAUCAAGAACACACGGCAGCUGCGAGACAGCGAGCAGGAGAAGGACAGAACUCUGCUGAAGAGCCUGGUCAAAGUGUGGAAGGAGAUCAAGUCCUUGAGAGAGUUCCAGAGGUUUACCAACACACCUUACAAGCUCUGCCUCAGAAGGGAGAGCGUAGACCGGCAGACCGACGAGCAAGAGUACGAGAAGGAAGUCCUGGCAGAGGUGUGGGAGCUGGAGGCUGAGGAAGACGUGGACUACCAGAGGAAGCUGGCAGAGUACAAGAAGCAGCUGGACCAGUGGAAGACCUGGAGGAGGAAACAGAAAUCCCAAAAGAAGCAGAAGAAGAAGAAGAAGAAGAAAGGACAACCGCAAGAAGAAACGGAAGAAGAUGAACACGACCCAGACGCGAGCGAAUCAGAAGGGGCCGCGGAUGAUGGUCCCCCCAAGCCGGAGCCCCCGGAGAAGUUGGACUUUGACACCAUAGAGCAGCAGGUCAGGGAAAGGGCGUCCAGAAUACGCCGGAAACCAGGCGAGGCCAUUCUCAUCCCAGAGAUGUCUGCUUCCGGAAAGAUCUCAGCGGCAGACCUCUGCCCCAAGGGGGAAAUCGCUCGCAGAGAGGAUGUUGCCAGACGCUCUGUUUUCAUAAAGGUCCUCUACAACGACAAGGAAGUGUCCCAGACCAACAGCCGGAGCCUCAACUCCGACUUCAAAGUGCACUUUGGACAGAUUUUCAACCUGAAGAUCGUCAACUGUCCCAAAAGUAUCACUUUGCAGGUGUUUGAGGAGGUGGCCUCGUCCUGCUCCCUCCUGGCACAGGUCUACGUGCCCGUGCCGGGCUCCUCGGCGGUGGCGGGCAGCGCCCCUAUGGAGGAGUUUGAGUUCAGCAGCAAGCAGAGGGUGAUGUUCGACCACGAGGGCGUGGGCAGCGAUGUUCCACUCUCUUUCGUGGCCGACGGCAGCAACAGAGUGGUCCUCCUGACUUCUGGCAAGGUGUCGUGCUGCGUGUCCUGGGGGGUCGGCGAGGACGACCUGCCCCUGGCGCCUCCCGUGUCUCAAAUCCUGGGCAGCGUAGUCGGUGGUCAUCCUGAAGCCGCCGCCCACAUUGGACCAUCUGGACUGGCUGACAUGAAGAAAAUUGGAGAGUGGGCCGCGCAGUCUCGUCUGGACCCUAAUGAUCCCAAAAACUCUUCCAUCAUGCAGCUCCUCAAAGUGGCCAGCAGCGGAGAGGUGACGGCUGCCGACUACUUCCGUCUGGAGCAACUACAAGAAGAGUUCAACUUUGUGAGCGAUGAAGACCUGGACAGGUCCAGGCGAUUCCGUCUGCUGGUGCUCCGAAGCCAGGAAGUGCCCGAGUUUCGCAAUUACAAGUGUGUCCCUGCUCAGGAGAGGGAGGUGACGGAUAAAGUCUUCAAGGAGUACGAGAAGAGGCUGAAAGAUGGCGAGAUCAUCGACACCAAAGAACAUCUGGACUCUCACAGAGCUUUAGUGGCCAAAUACCUGCAGAAGAUCCGCGAAGCCGUCAUCCACAGGUUCCUCCUGGCCAGACAUCAUUACCUGCUGUCUGACCUGGUGGUGGAGGAGGAGAUGCCAAGUAUCGGUGGAGCACAUUUACUAAGAGGGCCUGAUCGGCAUCUUCGAGUUGAGAGUGAGAGGUUAGAUUACCACGAGCUGUGGAGUCAGUGGCCAGUCAAAGUCAAUGACAGGGCGGAAAUCAAAAACCGUCUGACGAUUCUGGGACUCAACCUUUUCCACCUGGCCGAGCCCAAGCGUCCGCUGAAGCCUCAGAGGAAGGAGAGGAAGAAAGUGACGGCUCAGAACCUCUCUGACGGCGACAUCAAACUGCUGGUCAACAUCCUGCGAGCCUACGACAUCCCGGUGCGCCGCCCUCCUAGCAGCAAAGCGGCGCAGACGUCACAUGGCGGCAUGCAGGCCGGCGACUGGUUGCUGGGCCAGGUCCAGGUCAGACCCUUUGUGGAGGUCUCCUUCCAGCGCAACAUGUUCCAGACCACCACGGCCGAAGGACCCAACCCCUGCUGGAACGAAGAACUGCAGCUGCCUUUCAGUGCACCCAAUGGAGACUACAGCAUUGCCAGCUUGCAGUCCCUCAAAGACGAGGUCUUCAUCAACGUCUUUGAUGAGGUGCUUCAUGAAAUCGGAGUGAGUGACGAGGAAAAAGGCAAAUCUGUGCACACUCGCCUUGAGAAGCACUGGUUGGGUUCUGUCAAGAUCCCUUUUAGCACCAUCUACUCCCAGUGCAGGAUUGAUGGAACCUUCAAAGUGAACACACCCGCUGUGUUGCUAGGCUACAACAAGGAGCGUAGCCAUGGCAACAAUGGCGCCUAUGACAACCUGCGCAGCCUCAGCGAGGGAGCCUUCAUCACACUCUUCAUCACCAUCGAGCCCCAGCUGCUACCUGGAGAGUCCAUCAGGGAGAAGAUCAAGGAACUGAAGCUUGACAGCCAGGAGGACGAGGGUCUGCUGCAGGCGUCAGAGAGGUUUGAGAGGCUGGCAGCCAGUGAGUUCCCAGGCAGAGUGUGCACCACCACCGUCAUAGACCUCAACGGCAAGACCGUCUUCAUCAGCAGGUACCUGCGGCCCCUCAACCCCCCCCAGGAACUGCUGGACGCCUUCCCGGACAACCCUGCCGCCACCGCCGCGCUGGUGGCUCGCUUUGUGUCGCUCAUCCCUUCCCUGCCAGACCGAGUCUCCUUUGCUGCCAUCUGUGACCUGUGGAGCACCUGUGAUCAAUUCCUGACGUUGCUGGCAGGCGAUGAGGAGGAGCACGCCGUCUUGUUGUGCAACUACUUCCUCUUCCUGGGCAAGAAGGCGUGGCUUAUCAUCGGCAACGCCAUUCCUGAGGGCUGCAGUGCGUACGUGCUGACACAGGAGGAGAGUGUGUUCUACAUGUGGAACCCCAGCAGUGGUCAGCACUAUGGACAAUAUGACACCUUCUGCCCCCUGCAGGCUGUGGGCUGCCUGGUCUCUGCUCACAAUGUGUGGUUGAACAUCCAGGAGCAAGUUUCUCCCAUGAGGAUCAACUUUGAUGUCAGCAGAAGUCAUUGUUGGAAACCUUUUUUUACUGGAUCCUUGCCUCACGUCCCACUCACUAGUGUCCAGCCAGAGGAGUUAGUGUACAGACGCUCUGACAGAACAACAGCAGUGGAACUUCAAGACAGGAUCGAGAGGACCCUGAGGGACAAGAUCAUGUCCUGGCGUCCUCAGCGUCCCACACGCUGGAACCGCCACUGCACCACCGCCCUCAAACACUUCCUCCCCAGCCUGGAGCUGGGCGGGGGCGGGCGUGACGCCGGCGAGUGUCACCGCCACGAACUACAGAGCAUGCUGGGAGACAACCGGAUAUCAGGCUUCCCGCUGAACAUGCCUUUUUCAGAGAUGGCUCCCAUCGUGGAGGCGGUGUACAGCACGGGCGUGCACACCACCCACUCGCCCAACGUGGAGUUGGCUCUGGCCGUCUACGUGCACCCGUACCCCAACAACGUGCUGUCGGUGUGGGUGUACUUGGCCUCGCUGGCACGCCCCUGAUCCACUCAGCCAACUUUGGACACAAACUUUAUUGGAAGUGACACAAGUACAGCUGAGGAGAUAAAGUGCAGUUCUGGAACCUUCUUUCUGCGUCACUCUCCCGAGCGACAACACGCCCUAAAGCCGCACUGGAGGUUCUGGCAGCCGCUCGCUGUGUCGGCAUUUGGACCUGAAAAGUUUUGUAAGCAAAAUGAAGACCGCGGCUCUGCAUGCGCUAUAAAAAGUGCUGACUCAAUAAAAGUCUACUUUCUCAUGA